GCCCAUCACCGAACUCGGCUGUGGGACCUCAAAAUUAGACAUCUCAUCACGAGAAGAUAUCGAUGCCUUCAAAGGAAAAGUCAGCGAUCGACCAAUCGAUUUACUCUUGAACAUCGUCGGCAUCAUGUACCCGCACGACUCCGACACCCACACCAAAGUAACCCUAACCAACUUUCAAAAACCUUCGCAGUCAACACUUUCGGCCCGCUGCUUUUAAUGUAAGCCCUCCUCUCCAACAUCCAGCGCGCCCAAAACCCGCGCAUCACAGUGAUGUCCUCUUGUGUCGGUUCCAUAGCCGACAACAGCACGGGCGGGAUGUACUCCACCGCAGCUCCAAACCAGCCGUGAACAUGCUCUUUGCGAACCUCGCUAUUGACUUGAAAGACAAGAACGUCGCCGUGAUUUUGUUGCAUCCGGGGAUUGUGGAGAGCAAUCUAGAUCAGAAGUGGAAGGAUGGUGGCAACGAGGAUGUUAAGGGCGCGGUUGAGCCGGAUGUUGCGGCGAGUGAUCUUUGGAGGGUACUGAUGGUCAAGAGGAUUGAGAGUACGGGGAAGUUCUUUCAUAGGAGUGGGGAGGAGUUGCCUUGGUGAUUCGGAUGUGGAGAGGAUGGAGUUGGAGUGUAACAUUGCUAGUUCAGGUGUG